AUGAAUGUGGCACGUGUGAAAGAUGAAUCCCAAAGAAAGGAUUUGAGGAAAGCUGACAAAAACAGUCCCGAAUUUUUUAGUAACAAACGUUACGAAAACGUGGAAGAUGCACUACGAGUAUUUAAAGACGAUGAUCUAAUUUCAAAACCCGGAGAUGCAUUCAACUACACAACCCAUGGGUACACACUGCUCAGCGCAGUUCUUGAGAAGGCCGCUAAUAAACCUUUUCCUGAGCAAGCCAAAGAAUUUUUCAAACUGUUGGGGAUGAAUAAGACAUGUCUGGAUGAAAAUCAUAAGAUUGUUUCUAAUCGCACACGUUAUUACUAUCGAGAUGAAAAUGGGAAACUUCAGAACUCGCCAGAAGUCAACAACUCCAACAAGUGGGCUGGUGGAGGAUUUAUCUCUACAGUCGAUGACUUGUUAAUUUUUGCAGAUGCUAUGCUUUACAGCUUCAACGUUUCGCGUCAUCCAAAAACAAGGGGAAAAAGGCCGCUUCUCGAACCAGAAGUUUUAGAGACUUUCUGGAAGGGAGAAGUCAUUGCCAGACCGUCAGAAGGUUACUUGUAUGCACUCGGCUGGUACAAAAAUGACGUUUCCGACUCCUUUGGAGGUACCGACUGUCGACGACAACAUUCCGGUUACUGGAUGCACACUGGCGGGGCCGUAGGUGCCAGCUCCGUUCUUCUAAUCAAACCAUUUUUUAGUCCGCCAACUCCAAGCGGAAUAUCUGUAGUCAUCCUCGCCAACCUGCAGGACUGCACCGGUCUAACUAGUUUAGCACUCGAGAUUGCAGAUAUCUUCUUGGAGUAUGAAAAGGAAAAGUAUGCUACCAAAAAAAGAGUUACUUCUACUCAGCUCCUUGUAAAAUAG